CGGGGAUUUCUGGCACUUUCUGGGCGCCGCGAGCGCUCUGAUCCCGGGCUCGGGGGCCGGAAACGUCGGCGGCCGAGUCUCGCUGCAGCCGCCGCCGCGGCCCUGCCUUGUUCUCCGCCGAGGCCGCGCAGACAUGGCCAAGUGGGGCCAGGGCGACCCGCGCUGGAUCGUGGAGGAGCGGGAGGACGGCACCAACGUGAACAACUGGCACUGGACAGAGCGAGAUGCCACUGGUUGGUCCAAGGGGAAGCUCCGCGAGCUCCUGGUGGGCAUCGUCGUGGAGAAUGAGGCUGGCCGCUGCGAGAUCAGUGAGCUGAAGCAGGUGGAAGGCGAGGCUUCCUGCAGCAGCCGCAAAGGAAAGCUGAUUUUCUUCUAUGAGUGGAACAUCAAACUGAGCUGGAAAGGUAUAAUUAAAGAAUCUGGUGCAAAGCACAAGGGGUUGAUUGAAAUACCCAACCUUUCUGAAGAAAAUGAAGUAGAUGACACCGAGGUGAACGUGAGUAAAAAGAAAGGAGAUGGGGAUAUACUGAAGGAUCUUAUGAAAACUGCAGGCACCGCCAAGGUCAGGGAGGCCCUUGGAGAUUACCUGAAGGCACUUAAGACUGAAUUUACAAUGGGAAUGAUUUUACCAACGAAAGGUAUGGCAACCCCGGAAAGGACUGUCAAAAGGAAAUUGAGUGAGAAUACCUUGCAGAUUCAGGCCUCAUCUCCAGUGGCAUUGGGUGUGAGGAUUCCCACUGUGGCAUUGCACAUGACGGAACUGUUUGACACAGCUGUAGAGCAGCUGUACAGCAUCUUCACUGUGAAAGAUCUGGUGCAAAAAUUUUCUAAAUCUCCUGCUGUAUUAGAAGCUGAAAAGGGAGGGAAAUUCCAAAUGUUUCAUGGGAACAUCACCGGUGAAUAUAUAGAAUUGUUAACAAAUAAAAAGAUCGUCAUGAAAUGGAGAUGUCGGAACUGGCCAGAAGAACACUAUGCAACAGUUGCACUGAAUUUUGUGCCUACUCUGGGGCAAACAGAAUUACAAUUGGACUGUAAAGGAGUUCCUGUCUGUAAAGAAGAGAAUAUGAAAUUCUGUUGGCAGAAGCAGCACUUUGAAGAAAUAAAAGGUUUACUGCAGCUGACCACCCUAAAUGGUUGAAUUAGAAGAUUUUAUAAGGGCAUUACUGUUUGUUUGUAAGCAGAAAAAGUGUCAAGUUUACCUCUUCCCUGUUAUUCCUUUUAAAAAAGAAAACAGAAACUCUUAAUUUAUAUUGGAUGAAAUCCAUGAACUUAUACAGAAUUUAAAGUAUUGUUUGAAUCUUUACUAUGACUAGACUGCAUUGAGUUAAAAGCAGCAAAUAACCAGUUACCUCCCAUAGAUGCUCCUCUGGGAACAGGUUUGAGUCCCUGAGUACAGAUAGUUGAAGUUUCCCAGGCUAAAACUUGUCCUAGCAAGCUUACUUUCAGCUGUAGUUUUAGUUCAGGAAGACAAAAUAAAUGGCAUGUUGAUACUAUUCUUUUAUUUUACCACAGGGCUUUUAAGGUGCCUAGCCCUUAGACAGUGAAACAGUGGCAUGUUGCAUUCAGAAGCCUGUUGAAGUGAGGGCGAGUUGGCUAUAUUGUUACACUUCUCCCUGCAACAGUUAUCCACUUCUCCCUGCAACAGUUAUCCACUUCGGGUGGAGAGGACUGAAGAGAACUGAAAAGUCUAUGGGGAUGUUACUUUUUGGACUGCCACUAAAUAAAUACUUCGAAUAAACAGAUAUGAUGGGUAAGUGCUUCCCCCCAUUCAGUUUUCUCAUUACUUUCAUCUGAGAAGAGUGAAGCAACUAUGUAAACAAAUGAAAAGUCAUCACAAUCAGUUUAAUUAAGUGCACAGAAUAGCAAUCAGUCAUGUCAAUAAAAAUAAAACAAUUAUUUUUACA